GUGAUCAUUACUGACCAAAAAACAGCAAUACAGUACGAUAGAUGUAGGGUUAAUCAUUCCUGGCCGCUAUGAUGACUGGAUGGUUUCCAUGACAGUCUUCAAUACGUGUUACCCUACAAAAUAUCAUCAUUAAUUUGUAUCGCGAUAAACACAAACACCUAGAUCUCCAUGUGAAGGUCUCUACCAAUGGAGCAACGCACCGUACACAUGACCUUCGUUGACCCUUUGAUCAUUUCGCCAAUGAUGUUGAUCAACAGAAGAGGAACCAUUGCCAAUUGUACUCAUACAAUGGACUCUUUAAAUUAUCUUUGACGUUUCUGAACCAGUAUAAGUCAAUACCGUUCAAAAGUCGAAAUUUGUCUGCUGCGUUUUUGUGCAUCGGAGACGCCUUUCAUAACCGAAUGCAUUUCUAUUAUUUAGACAAUAAUCUACAUGUUCGUUUUUUUGUCAGUACGUGAUAACGUUCGAUUAUUAUUGGUAUACACAUCACUGAAUCAUAAUUCAGCAUUAUAGUAUACGUACAGGAUAUUACGAUUUUAUAAAGUGGCUGGUCCCACACAUAGGUUUUAAAAUAUCGAUAAUUGCUGGGAUAAUUGAUUUCCUUAAUAUUCUCAGGAAUUUUAAUCCGAAAACAUGAUAUAGAAAUAUAACCCUAAUACCAAUACGAGUGUAUUGUUGAUUCUAUCAUGACAGACACGACCAGGUUCGGACUGGUCCUUGAACAACUGGACAGGGGUCAGUAGUACAAUACGCUAUUGUCCGAGCGUUUAUGAUAAUUUCUGGAUUUUGGAAUAAUAUACAUGUAGGCCGUCAAAUAUAAUGAUCAGAUUGUGGAGCUUACAGGAAUGUGGACGAUGGUCCUAUAUGGUCACGUGACGACGACACCUGUCAUGUGUAUAUAACUGUUUGCAGCAGUUGUUAGCGACAUUAGACAAUUGUCGUUUUAGGUACAGGUGAUGGACGUACAGAUCACGUGCUUUAAUUAUGUGUCUUAUUUCGAAGAAUUUACGAGGUAAUGAACUUUCCUAGACAACGUUAGACCUAGUAAAAGCCUGCGCACCUGUGUUUUUCCCGCAACAAAAUACGUCGAAUUUUGCUUACUAUUAAGUUACUCUAUGUUUAAAUGAAAGAACUAUUUCUUCAAACAAUGUCCAUGAUAUUGAACAUUUGUGAUGACACAAAGACUAAACAAAUUACAACUUAUUGGCCUUAUAUGCUUUCAGGCCAUUUACAAAGUGUUUACGCAAUAUGCGCUCGUGAUAGAUUUGAAUCUAUAGAUUGCAAUACGACAGCGUCAUAGAAAAAUAACUACAGCGAAAAUAAACAAAAAUAUGUCUGUUUCCAUGGCAACGGAGGUAAAGAAGACCCCAGGGUCACCACGUGUGCGUUUCUCUAAAACCCACAGUGUUAUACAAUACGACAGGAUGUCCCCACCCAGCGGGCGAAUGAGAAUGAAUCAAGCCAUAACCCGGUCGGUGACUGCAAUGGCUGUAAUGCAGUCCACACCAACUCGACCUGCCAUGAGGGCUGUCCAGCCAACAGAACUCACUCUGAGCUUGGACGAUAUUUACCGCGUAGCCGAGCGCGAGAGGCUCACGUAUUCGGCCAAGAGCCGACACCAGAGCGUGGCAGCAGCGCACGAGAGCGUCCGUAACAAGUUGGAAGGACUUAAUCGAAGUCGCCCAAACACCAGUGCCAGCAGGUACAUACACGCGGUCCGAAGGGAAACAAUGACUCCAAAGAGUAUCCGAAGUGAACCAGCGCCUUCUCGAGUGUCCUCUAGGCAGGAAGGAGACUUAUACAUUGAUGAACUAGAGAAACAUUUUACCAUUAACCCUGCCUCUCCUUCACCGAUAUGUUGCGAGAUUAUGGGGCCUCGAACUUGUCGAGAGUGUAGUCGAUACCAUAUUCAAACCAUGAACCGCGCAAGGACAGACGCGCAAUUCAGGACUUUAAGAAUUUCGAAUGAAAAUAUUGCAGUGGCUUCGAUUUUAAAACGCUAUCUUCCAGAACUGUCUUACGAAGAAAUUCAGGACAAAGUUGCAAGGGGUGAAAUCGCUAGACACAGAGUUCCUAACAGUUCAAUAGACCCGGAUGAGGAGUACGAAAGGGAGCGCGAGAAAAAGCGACAGCAGCCAUUUUUUGAGGCUCGUUUAAAGCGUCAAGCAACGAACUAUGAAAAGUCCAAGAAAUUAUCUCAGAUGUUCUUUGUUAAUGUUAGAGACUUGAAUUUUAAAAUUAACAAUGGGAAUGCGUCAAAAUCAUUAGGAUUUACCGAAAAUAAAUCGGAUGCCGCAAGAGCGCGUAUGGCUCUUCAAAAAUGGCGAGUAGCUGACCCCGUGACCCCGUCCUUUGUCAGUCCGAAGAAUAUCGUAAUGAUGAAAGAACCAGUGUAUAAAACAUUCUUUGCGCCACCAUUGCUUCCAAAAGAAUCUCAAAAUCCGGAGCCAUCUUUCUUUGCGGGUUCCAGCGAUGGAUAUAAACUCCCGGAUAAACUUCCUGACGAAAUUGUAUUUGCCGAUAACAAUGCCAGACCUGCGUCGCGUGCCGCGUCAGUGGUUUCUCAAGUUUCUGACGAUGUUGAUCUUUUAGAUUACGAGAAAAAUGGAAAAGGUUCUGGUACAGAAAGGAAAGUAGACAAAACUCAAGAAAAUCGGGAAGAAGAUGGAAACAAUUACCAUUCUGAUGAGGAUACACAAGAACAUGAUAACGGCACACUGUAAUAUUUCUAUCCUUGAUUCAUGAAAAGGGAAGAAAUUCUCACCGGUGUUGCUCAAGAACUUCUCGUUUUUCUUCCAUUGUGGAAAGGCUUGAACAGUGGGGGGGGGGGGGGGGGGGGACUAAGUAUAUGACCACCUUUAAGGACCUUUAAGGAUAUUAUAUCCGUAACAAGUGCUCGGUACGAUAUAGAAUAGACCAGGUUGAACAUCUUUUCUAUCCUGAAGUGUCGAUGAAUUAUCAAAUGGACAUUUGUAAUAGGACUUGCGUUGUUUAAGAGAGUACGUCUUCAUUACAAUCCUGUGGUACGAUAUGGUGUGUAUCAUACCGUAUUCUAAUACUCUUCCGGUGUGUCCAGGAUGUUAUCGAAUCGAAAGUGUCUGGCAACAAUACGACUUCAGGAUUGGAGACAAUGGAUUACUUAAUCUGACGCGUACACAAAUGGAUUGACGUGUACACAAUGGAUUGACGUGUACAAAAAUUGACUGACGUGUACACAAAUGGAUUGACGUGUACAAAAAUUGACUGACGUGUACACAAAUAGAUUGACGUGUACACAAAUGGAUUGACGUGUACACAAAUUGACUGAUGUGUACACAAAUGGAUUGGUGUGUACACAAAUGGAUUGACGUGUACACAAAUGGAUUGACGUGUACACAAAUGGAUUGACGUGUACACAAAUUGACUGAUGUGUACACAAAUGGAUUGACGUGUACACAAUGGAUUGACGUGUACAAAAAUUGACUGAUGUGUACACAAAUGGAUUGACGUGUACACAAAUGGAUUAUGUGAUUGUGAAAACUAACAUGUCCUUUAACGAGAACAGGUGAAGUGUCGAAUUACUCUUCAAGGUCUUUAUAUUGUGGAAGAGGGCAAUAGAAAUCAAUUUAUAUUUCACCGAGACCUGAACUUUGACGAAAUUUGCAAGAUGCAUUUGAAGUGUUACAAAACAUGACGUAUGUUUGGAAUAUAUAAUCUGGACGUAAAAAAAACUAUACAACAUGCUUAUAUAUAUGGUAGGUACUGGGUGCCGCAAAAAUAAAAUCAUGGUUUUCUUCGAGGUAGGAAAGUGAAAUAAAGUUACGUGGAAAGCAUGAUUUUUGACACGAGUCUACAGAACAAUGGUUAAAUUUAAACCAUUCAAAUUACAUUCGUGAAACUCGGUAAAGUAUCAGUGGUCCCAUGCUAUGUUAUUGUGUGGCUAUGAAUCCUACUUCGCGAUCUAUAGUACUAUGAAAGCCAAUUUGUUGCGGUUGGCGGUGCAAUACAAAUUCUGUGAUUUAUGGAAUAUAUUUUAUCUACUCUUUUAAAAAUAAAUCUAAAUGUUGUUAAACAGAUUUACUCAUCCUU